AUGCCCGAGAUCUUCGACGACAAAUCCGAACACUGCAUCCCGUUCCUCCUCGAGCGCCUGAAAGCGCACCAGGCGCAGCACGGCGACGACCCCGCCAAUACCCCGCCGUUUUUCCUCGGCCUGAAUGGUGUCCAGGGUGCUGGGAAGACUGUUCUGGUCUCAACCCUCAACGCAACCCUCCGCUCCCCGCCAUACUCACUGGCAGUCGUAACCCUCUCCCUCGACGACCUCUACCUCACACACGAAGACCAAGUGUCCCUUGCAAAGAACAACCCAACGAACCCGCUUCUCCAACAUCGCGGCCAACCAGGCACACACGACCUCCCGCUCGCGCAAUCGGUCUUCGCGUCCCUGCGCGCCGGCCGGCAGACGCAGAUCCCGCAGUACGAUAAGUCGGCGUUCAGCGGGCAGGGCGAUCGUGUCCCCGUCGCGAAAUGGGAGACCGUUAAUGGUGAGGGUCAGGAGCAGAUCAAGGUUCUGAUAUUCGAGGGGUGGAGUGUGGGCUUCCGGGCGUGGGAUGAGGAUGUGCUGCGGCGGAAAUGGGAAGAUGCGGUUAGGCGGAAGGAGAGCGAUCCGGGGUAUAGGGGGAGGCUGGGGCAUGUGCGGUUUGAGGAUGUGAGGAAGGUCAAUGAGGCGUUGAAGGGGUACGAUGUUUUGACCGACCAGCUGGAUGCGUUAAUACAUAUCGACGCCCAAGAUAAUUACUUCGUCUACGACUGGCGGCAAGAGCAGGAGCGGACACUCCGAGCCACGAAAGGAAUCGGAAUGACCGAGGAACAAGUCAACCACUUUGUUGAUGGCUAUUACCCUUCAUAUGAACUCUACAGCGAGACGCUCCGCGCAGGGGCAUUCAAGCCGGUUCCGCACUCAACGACUGCAGAUGCAUCACCGGAGGGGUGGGAGGGAAAACAGCUUAGGUUGAUUGUGAACAAGAAUAGGCGGGUGCAGGAGGUUGUCAAGAUAUAG